AUAUGAGCUGCAUAAAGUGCUGAUAUUAGAACACAUCUCGAGUUAUAUAUCAGUCGAUCCCUUAAGUUGCCAGACAACCUUAAAUACAUUUGGGAAUUAAAGUCAACACCGCAUAUAAUAUUCAGGUCUAGAAGAUAAGAUUGCUGAAUGUAUGUUUGGCAUUAAUAAAUCAGAAGUUAAAUUAAAAUUUUCGGAAUAAGCAGAAAGCAAUACACAUGAUACAUAAAGGAUUAAAAGGACUUGACCUCCUAGGUUCUCUGAAUCACGUGCCCUCAUCUGCCUCGAUCAGCCUGGUGCCCUGGACAAAAAGAUUUUGAUUAAAAUUCAAAGACAUAUAGCGCUAAAUGGAUGCCAUUGUUAUAAAGAGCGCAAGGACAUCAAUAAUAACACUAAUAUUUGGGGAAUUAUAACCCAAUAAUCUUCAUCCUGAAUCUGACAUGUUUGGUACACUGGAAAACAAGAUGAAAAACGUCAUUAAAAAAGACUAACUGAAGAAAAAAAACAACUAGCAGAUAAGUCAAUACGGAAGUGACAAUUGACAAAAAAAUAUUUUUAAAUGAAAAUAAGAAAUGCAACAAAAAUGCUUAAGUUAAGGAUCAUUUGUGACACGUUCUUGCUUUGAUGUGACAGAACUAGCACUUCUUAGUUCCAUGUCUACAGGGCACCCAACAAUGAGUCGUAAACAACGACAAAGUUGUAUCGUCCACAUGUGCUGAUGGUUCAGUCUCUCCUCUACAACUGGAAGCAUUAACUCUGGUAAAAUAGAUUACAGCCAGUAUCUCGGGUUCCGGACUCCAUCAAGACUAAUGGAAGCGUAGCGCAGAAGCAAGACCAGCAUUUUUCCCCCUCAGCAUUGAUUGAGUCCAUCAUCCCUGAGUUACACUCGUAUGGACAUUAAGAGGUUUCAGUGGUCUCAGAAUAAGCCCACAUUCAGCUUUUAAUGCACCUGCCUCCUCCUGAACUCCCUGGUUUGAGACACACAUGUGUUGAUGUGGCUUCUAUAAAGGUUAAUGAGUGGAAAGAACUCUGCAGCUUUCAUUUUGACCUGAUCAAUAGAACAUUUGUACAAAGUGUCCAUGUGUCUUGAGUGGGGUUAGACUCUGUCCCAACAUCUAAUGUUUAGCAACACAGCGGCACUGCUGUGAACACAAGUCUUGGGUGUCAAUAUUUAUGGCACUGCAGCAUCCCUCUUUGUUGUCCCAUAUAUAGACACUAGCUUAACAAACAUUAGACACACACUUCUAGUGUUUUCUGUGAGUAAGCAGCGAGGUCAGGUUGCCGGUGGGUGGAAAUGUGAUGCUGGAGGGUGGGGCGACUCGGCGGAUCAUCACUCACUCUCUGAUCUCACAGCGCCUGUCAUGUUUCUGAUAUGCUCUCUUGUCUGGCUCUGUGGUGGAUAUCACUGCCGCUCUGACAGGUUUGGAACAACACACCCAGUCAGCUGUGGGACGAGGUAUGGCUGACCCUUAAGGACACUCACCCAGUUGAGACCUAAAUUUACCCAGCAUGCAAUGUCAGGACUUUGGACAACAGCCUGAUAAAGACAAACUUGGAAACUUUUUGAAGACAUCUGGGAGGGAAAGUGAAACAUUUCAAAGGUGGUAACUGAACCCUGUUGCCUGCUGGUGAGACAUCCGAGAAAUGAGAACCAUCCCUGCGCUCUUACCCACUGGUGAUACUCACCGAUGACAGCGAAUGAUAUGUACUUUUCAUUUUAAAAAGUAAUGACUGCAGAGGAGUUGGAAUAAUUACACCAAGGCCCACAUUAAUCUACUAACAAUAUAGGCUACACAAGCUUUGGGCAUUGUUAAGGAGCCACCAUGAAAUGGGACAAGUUAAAACCUCCGGAGCCAGACGACCCGAUGUGCUGUUGCGAGUGUGACAUCGACCAGUGCGGCUCCUGCUGUGACUGUGAAGAUGUGGAUGAAGCCUUUAACAGAUGGCUACGAGGCAAACCUACAAAAAGUGAGUGUCGGUCUGCUGUGCUUGGAGCGAUCACUGACAAUCUGGAGCUCUCCAUGAUCCCGGCACUGGUGCUGCUCCCUCUACUGCUCCGAGUCGCGGCGCUACACGUCCUGCUCGGUUUCACAAUACUGACCGCCCUGCCUGUUCUGGUUCUUUGGUACUACUACGCCACGCACAGAAAACGAAGACGCACUCUUUUCUUCCUGACCCUCGCCCUCUACUCUCUGGCCUACAUGUAUUACCUCUUCAUCACAGAGAUUCUUCCUCGAGGAGAUGUGAGCCAGCUCCAGGUUUUCACAGUCACCUUCGGCAUGUUUUUCACCAUUGGCUCGCUGAUAAACACCAAAAGAGGACCAGGUUUAGUAGCAAGAACCCAACAGGCUGCACCAGUGAAAGGUCAGCAGGUCGACAACGGGUCCACGCCAUUCAAAGGAGCAACAGCUGAAGGAGGAGAUGGAAAGACCAAAUGGAACAAGUGUCCUAUUUGUAAAAUAAUCCGACCUCCGCGGGCAGGACACUGUCGAACCUGUGGUACCUGCGUCCAGCGUCUAGAUCACCAUUGUAUCUGGAUAAACAGUUGCGUGGGCCGAGCCAACCACCGCAGUUUCCUAUUGACGCUGACCGUGUUCGUGGUGACUUCUCUGUACGGCAUCAGCCUGGUCCUCUCCAGUCUCUGUCCUCAUCAGUAUCAAGUGGCCGCUCUGUUCUACUGCCCCGGGGUCUACUCUGAGUCUAGCACAGCUCUUUGCUUCACAUGUGCCUGGUACAGCACCAUCGUAACCUCCAGCCUGCUCUACCUUCUGCUGGCUCAGGUUCUGAACAUCAGCCUCAAUGUUACAGAGCGGGAGGCCCAGCUGGCCCUCAGGAAUAAAACGGGCCGGAGUCGAUUUUGUGGACUUGUGGUGGACACGGGACAGUAUUCUCAAGGCUUCUACAAAAACUGGGUCGAGUUUCUUACCAUGGCCGAGGAGGUCACGUCACCUUCCAGUCACACAGAUUUGGUCUGAUUUCUGUCCAAUUUUUACCUGGGGAAAAGAACAGUUAUACAAUAUCAAUGUCGUGCUGACAAUUUACAAGAAGAAAAAUAUUACUUCACUCACAGCAGCUCAUAUCAAAGUGAAACCAGAAGUGGGGCAUGGUCAU